AUGAACCAUGCGAAACACUCCAGCUUCGCUCCCACUACUCAUUUCGCUUUCCUGUUUCCAGCUUAUAUAGUCCCAAUUUCGGCGGAAUCUCCCCAAAUUCAGCCGUUGCUUUUAUUUCCUCUCUCUGCGAUGGCUUCCAUUUGCUUCUCAGUGCCGAUUCUGGCGGUGUUAGUGGCGGUUUCCGUGAUGUCGCCGGCACAGUCGCUCACCUGCUUGUCGCAGAAGUUCACGAACAACAAGCUCUACGAUCACUGCAGCGAUUUGUCGCAAUUGAGCUCGUACCUUCACUGGACCUACGACUCCUCCAAGUCCUCUCUCUCCGUCGCCUUCGUGGCGCCGCCGGCGAAGUCCGACGGCUGGAUUGCGUGGGCCUUAAACCCUACAGGCACCGGAAUGGCUGGCUCGCAGGCGCUGGUCGCGUUCAAGGACUCGAAAGGUUCGAUGAAUGUGAAAACUUUCGAUAUAAGUUCGUACAGCUCGAUUGUGCCGUCGAAUCUGUCGUAUGACGUGACGGAGAAGAGCGCCGAAUAUUCCGACGGGAUGAUGAUGAUUUUCGCGACUUUGACGCUGCCGGAGAAGGGGAAGACGACGGUGAACCAGGUGUGGCAGGUCGGGCCUUCUGUCGCCGGUGGUUUUCCGGCGAAGCAUGAGUUUCAGCCUGCGAAUCUCAACUCAAAAGGGACGCUGGAUUUGUUGAGCGGACAGAGCAACGUCAAUAGUGGCGGGGGAUCGAGGACGAAGAGGAAAAAUAUUCAUGGAAUUUUAAAUGCUGUGAGUUGGGGGAUCCUGUUUCCAAUUGGAGUCAUUAUCGCUAGGUACAUGAGAACUUUCCAGUCUGCAGAUCCUGCAUGGUUUUAUCUUCAUGUAUUCUGCCAGUUUUCUGCUUAUGCAAUUGGGGUUGCUGGUUGGGGAAUUGGACUUAAGCUUGGAAGUGAAUCUAAGGGGGUCCAAUAUACUGCUCAUCGCACCAUUGGGAUUGCACUUUUCUGUCUUGCAACUGUGCAGGUUUUUGCAUUGUUCCUAAGACCAAAGAAGGAUCACAAAUUUCGAUUUUACUGGAACAUCUACCAUCACAGUAUUGGAUAUGCCAUCAUCGUACUUGGCAUCAUCAACGUAUUCAAGGGGCUAGACAUUUUGUUACCUGAAGAGAAAUGGAAGUCGGCUUAUAUCAUCGUGAUCUCUGUGUUGGGUGGCAUUGCUCUUGUGUUGGAAGCAAUCACUUGGGUUAUAGUCCUAAGGAGGAAGUCCAGCAAGUCCACCAAACCCUACGAUGGAUACAACAAUGGACAAGGAAGGCAACAGCCUCUCACUUCUUGAUCAAUUCUUUCACGGAUUCUUCAUAGAUCGAUUGCCCGGGUUCUGUAUCCUCCCCUUCUCCUUUGUGGUUUGAGAUUCAUGAGGUGUCUAUCUAUUAGAGAGACCGAGUCCCCCUUUCCUGUUUCGUGGUUUGUAUAAUGCCUUUGUGACGCUUGGAUGGAUAUUCCACUAUUAUAUGCACAGUGAUUGAUCGGGUACCACGUCGUAUUCUCUCA